UUAGCCAUGCUGCCGUGGGACUGAGUCGACUCUCACCCGCUGAAUGAAGCAUCUUCCAGGAGGAGACGAGGAGCAGAGGCAGCCAGAGAAGUGAAGGGGAGUCAGGCCAACAUCUUGCCUCCUGUGCAGAGUCUGAGACUCUGGACAAAUCAUCCUCAUGCCACUUGUAAACAACAAAGUUGGGGAUGACUGCACAGCUGGUGGUGACAAGGCGCUGUUAGACGGGAAGCUUUGGGUGGAUUCUCUGAUAAAGGUGGUAGCAUGUUACCGACAUUUAGCCUCAUGUGUUGGUGGGUGCACUGAUAGUCUGCAGCUCCGCGAUGAACUGCGACGGACCAGGGAAAAGGCCCAAAAGCUGGCCGAGGCCAUCUGCCAUCACCUCACCUCCCAUCUCCGAGACAAGAGGCUCCCCGAGGAGCAGCGGAGGGAGAUGGAGCUCCUCUGGGUGGCCUUCUCCUGCAGCUUAGAGCUGCUGCAUGUCGACAUGUGCAAAGUUUUUAACAUCGGAGACAUUUUCUCACUGGCCACCACAGCUUCCCUGGUGCAGACCGGUCUGCAAGGAGGAGGCAGUGAGGUUGCGGCAAGAGCGCUCAGUUUGCCAGACCUGAAUCAGGACCAGACCACCACCCUCCACGAUGACUUGGAGAAUGAGGAGCGCAUCAUCAUGGAGCAGGAGAUCAAUCACAUUGACCACAUGAUCGAUGACAUGGAGAUGAAGGUCAACGUGUUGCGCUGGAUGGUGGAGCCUCACGGGCCUCAGUAUGUGGACCCGACUGGCAGCACAGACAGCGCUUCGCUAGCCCUGCUCUCCAUCAACGAGGAGCAGCCCGGCCCAGUCUACCAGCCUCUCGGCCGGCGGAGCGACAUGUUCGUGCUCUUGUUGCUUUUUGCAUUUAUUUCCGUGGCAGUAAUUUUAUCUGUCUGUGUUUUCCUUCUGUCCUGAAGGAAACUGUCAAAGAACUCUCAGAAAUGCUCCGUAACUCUGUAAACAUGGCCACCUUCGCAUGUACGCUAGUUCUUUCCUCACUCACAUCACCUUCCUGCAAAUGCUCUGAAAACAGCUGACAAAGCAAACCAGUUCAACCUGGAUGCAAACCAGU